AUGAGUGGCAGUGAUGACUCGAGCAAGCCUAGUUCCACUGUUGGCAGACUGGCAGCGAUCGGUCGACAGCUGCUACCCAGCUCUGCGCUGUCCACCUCUAGCACGUGGAAAAGUAGCGACGGCGCCACGUCGGCGGCCACUCCAGGAGAGCGACGAGGUACGCUCAGGCUAGGCUCCAGUGUCGAGCUGCCGGUGUUUGCACCUCACGAUGAGACCAGACUGCCAGACCCACGUCUGCUGUUGGACUUACAUGAUCCGGUCGUCAGGGAUCACCUCGAGUGGCUGGCAAGAAAGUAUAGCCUCAAGCAAGACGCGUUGUAAGUAGCAUGGAGAUUGCGCUGGAUGCUCCGCCAAGGCAGCGCGCGCUGACUUUGGACUCGCUCCUGUCAGCCUCAUCUCUCCGCCUGGUCCCUUUGCACGGCGACUGGCACUCACCUUCGCCGCGCUGCUCCAACUACCAGUGGAGCACGUGUCGCUGCACCGGGAUGUGGGCGAGUCGGAGCUGAUCCAGACUCGCAACUUGGCUGGAGGGACCACGCUGACGUACCAAGAUGGACCUGUGGUGAGGGCCAUGAAGAGAGGCAGCAUCCUCAUCCUGGAAGGAGUGGAGCGCGCUGAGCGUGCCAGCAUGCCGCUGCUCAACAAUCUCAUCGAGGUGAGGACAGUCGAUGCGCUACGUAGUCAAGCGAUCAGCUCCUGUCUCGCCUGCUGCUCAUAUAUGCAUCAUCCCUAAUCCUGCAGAACCGCGAGAUGGGACUGGCUGACGGCACUCACUUGGUGCCGAGGAGCACCUUGGAAAAGGCCAAAGCGGCUGGCGAAAAUCAGACGUUUAUCCCAGUCAGCGACGCGUUCUUUGUCAUCGCAAUCGGUUUGCCGUGAGUCUGUCAUGUAGUGCGAGUACCUGCGCGCCCAACUCACGCUGCUACUAUUCAUCCAUCACAUUGUUGUAGGGUCCCGCCUUACAAGGGUUUGCCAUUGGACCCACCUUUCCGAUCGCGCUUUCAAGGUCGAUGGGUCGAGGGGGUCGUCCCUUCCACACUGUCCAAUGUCCUUUCGCCCGACAAGCAAGCCAAGGAGUUAAGCGAUGCGCUCACCCAGCGCUUUUUCGAGUGGGCUUCCCUGGUGCGACUGCACGGCACUGCUGCCACUGCUGACGAGGUGCUGCCACCAGCAGAGCGCCUGCCUAACGUCCCAGCUACUGCUCUGAGCCUCUUGUCGGAUCUCGCAGCGCGCUUCCCGCCAGCAGUAUCUCUCCCACCACUACCCUCGUUCGAUGAGACGGACGACGGCACUCGCCCGACAGCACCAAAUUUGCCCACGGCUCCUCCUCGCAAUGGCGCUCUCCAGGUGCACGAGUCAACCAGAGCGCGGGUCGAAGCUCGCGAGACCGAGCAACUGAAGCAGUAUGCUGAAGAUCAAGCCAAGAACAAGAAAGGGGACGGCUCCAUAGCCCCCAGCACGAGGGCGCUGCUAGGCGCAGGCUACCCCAUGCUCCACACACUCGACCCCACCAGGCGAGAGCUUGCCGCUGAUCUGCUCGCUGCUGUAUCAUUGCACGCUGGUGUUGGUGGUGGAGGCGCAGAAGUGGAGGAAGGUAAGGGUUUGCUGGGAUACCGCGUGACUGGCAUCGUGCGGGCCGCAGACGACGCAGCGGAUGCCACGUUCGAGCAGGAGCAAGGCCGCAAGGUGACUGUACGCGUCCCCGCUGGUCCUCUGCAGCUUGCACCGCUGCCAUUGGUGAGCAAUGAUAAAGCGGCUCCCAAUGGACUACUCUUCACCCCACGACUAGCGGGCGUCAUCACGAGCAUGCUUCAGCUGCACGCCGUCGGCCGAGACGUUAUCCUUCUGCCUUCUGCGCUGGCUGCAGACAAAAUCAAGGGAGAGGUGUCUCCUUCGUCAUCAUCAAGCACGUCCACUUCUAUAGGUCUGUUUGCAUCUUUGCUCGGCUAUCCGCAUGAAGGCGUUCAUCUGUAUAAGGAUCUGGGGGGAGGAGAGCUCAUCGCUCGUCGAGCGACCACCAAGGACGGCAGCACUACCUGGGAAGCCGCGCCUCUGCUCCGUGGCGCGCUCUCUGGAACGCUAGUCCAUCUGUCCGGCAUCGACGUCCUGGGCCCCACCCUUGGCGCCUUGGCUCGUCUCACCCAAGACCGAGAAGCUGAGCUCUGGAGUGGCGGUCGUGCAGCGUUACCAGGCGCUCUGCCGUCCGUCGAAGGAACCGACAUCGCAGAGAAGCGCCUCACCACAAUCAAUCCCUCUUUCCGCGUCAUUGGCACAGCAUCAUCCUCCAAGCCGGAAUGGCUGAACGAAGAAGCCUCCGCUCUUUUCUCUUUCGUCGCACCUGCCCCAAUGUCUGCAGCAGAGGAGCUGAGCGUCAUCGUUUCUCGCUCUGGAGCCAGGCCGGCGCAACUCGAGCCUCUGCUAGCCUUCACGGCUCGGUACCGUGCUCUGGCAGCCGAUCCUGCGCUGGGCUUGCAAGCCUCUCGUCGACUUGGAACCAGAGCUCUAAUUCGCAUCGCCACUCGCAUCACCCAGUACCCCUGGACGGACCUUUAUGCCACUUUAGCACGCACACUACUGAUCGAAUUCCUGCCUCGCACCACCGCAGCUCUGGUUCAAAGCGCUCUGUCUCAGACAGAGUUGAGGCCCCGUGGAUCUGAAGGAGCUUUCCAAUAUGUUCCUCCAGAGCACUUGUCCGCGCCAGAGAUCCAAAACGGGGUGCUGUCUUUCCGCAAUAUCAAUGCUCCUGGAGCUCAAGACAACCCGCAAGCUGGCGUGGUAAACAUCCCACUGUAUGAUGCAGCGAGCAAAGAUCCAGCAGGGCUUUCACUUGUGCCUACCAUGGAGCACUUCUACGACAACCCAGCUCAGAGCGCUCUAUUGCGCGACAUUGGAAUUGACUUGCUCGAGAAUGACGUGCUGCUGAUGGGCAAUCAAGGAACGGGAAAGAACAAGCUAAUCGACCGGCUCGCCAUGCUCAUCGGCCGACCAAGAGAGUAUGUACAGCUGCACCGAGACAGCUCGGUUUCGAGCAUUUUGCAACAGGUGCAGCUUGUGGAUGGUCAGUUGACUUUCUUGGAGAGUCCGCUAGUCAGAGCCAUUCGCACGGGACGACUUUGCGUCAUCGACGAGGCAGACAAAUGCCCAGCUUCGGUCACUGCAAUUUUCAGAUCCCUGGUGAGUUUGCGAUGUCAGGUCACAGCUUUGGAAGAUGUAUCUCACUCCUCUCUAUUUGUCUCAGGCCGAGCGCCGUGAGCUUACUCUACCAGACGGAAGGCGCGUACGACCUGAAGGCUCGCUUGGCAGCGACAAAGAUGUCGUCGCACAUCCAGACUUCCGUCUCGUGCUGCUUGCCAACCGACCUGGGCAUGGCUUCCAAGGCUCUGACUUCCUCAGCGUCAUCGGGGAAGGCUUUGCGAUGUUCCAAAUUUCCAACCCUUCGCACGAAUCCGAGGUUGCUCUUCUGCGGCAAGUUGGACCUCACGUGGAUCCUAAACUGAUCAAACAGCUAGACCUGGCUUGGUGCGAUCUGCGUGAUCACUUCGAUCAAGGUAGCUUGCAUUAUCCUCUGUCGAUGCGAGAACUCAUCCACAUCGUACGCCACCUUGAGCGAUACCCGGCCGAGCAACUGGUCGACGUGCUGCUCAACACGCUUUCAUUCGACCUUCAAAGACCUGAAGUCAUGGAGCUAGUCGCUCGAACACUUGCUAAGCGUGGGCUCAAUGUCAAGGGUCUCAGCCUCGCCGCUAUUCGCCAGAAAGAAGAGGAAAAGCAGAAAGUAGACGCGGGUCGCGUGGAGUUUGACCCUGAAUCUGCUGGCCGGUGAGUAGAAGUGUAGCAUCCUCGGCUGGUGUUGCUGCGAACACAUACUCACCCAUUGCAUGGUCUUGUGCCCCUCCAGUGACACCAAUCUCGAUAAGCCAAAGGAGGGAAAGACUGAUCCUGACAACAAGGAGCACUCCGGCGGAAAUACUUGGCGAGGAGGUACGGGUGGUCGCGACACUGCUGGCUUGGGUGGACGAGGCGGCUACGAACGCCUUUACUCUGGCCAUGAGAUCAAGCAGAUUCCCGAUUCACUCAAGCGGGACGUGCCCGAGCACAUAAAGGAGCAAGCCAGACAAAUGGCAAAGGAGGCUCUGGCGAAGAAGCUUGCAGAGGAGGGGAUGACUGCUCAUGAAGGUGCAACGCGUGAGUCGAGCUGGUGUGAGCUUCACCACGCUUCUCGCACUGACUGAAGUGGUCACGCACAGUGCAAGCGUACAAGCUAGAACUCGCCCAGCACAUCAACAACCUCGUGCUCACGCUCAACCAAGUACAGACAGCUGCUAAAGAGAGACAGUGGCUGAAGCGCCAAGAGGAAGGUCAGCUCGACGAGUCCCGUUUGACGGAUGCUUUGACGGGCGACAAAGGAGUGAUGAAGCGAAGAGCCGAACAACCCCCCGACCCCUUUGCGCCGCAGACCAAGCCAAAGCGUAUCCGCAUCCUAGUCGAUGUUAGCGCAAGCAUGUACUCGAUGCAGUACGACGGCAGACUGGAUCGCGAACUCAAGACUGUGCUCAUGGUCAUGGAAGCUUUUGCUAGGACCGAACCUGGCAAGUAUGUCUAUGACAUCUGGGGUCACUCGGGUGAAUCGGACCACAUUCCUCUCGUCAUGGCCGACAAGCCUCCUGCCUCCGCUGGAGACCGCUGGCGCGUGCUUCGUGACAUGACUAGUAUUACUCAGGUGAGUACUGAAAUCGCACGAUUCGAGCUUCUCCAAGCUUGGCGCUAUGUAGCUGAGACUGCCCAAUCUAAUCUACAGUACACCAUGAGCGGCGACUCUACUCUCGAAAGCAUCCGCUGGGGCUGCCGAGAGUUGACCAAAGAAGAAGCGGACGACUACUUUGUCAUUGCACUUUCCGGUGAGCUGCAUGACAUCUUGGCCAAUUCCAGACAGUGCCGAGUGACUGAACACUGCCAACACUGAACACUGCCAACUUUCUUCCCUUCGAAAGACGCUAAUUUGGGCAGGUACGGCAUUACGACGGAUAUGCUCGCCAAAGCACUCAGAAGCAACGAAAAGGUGAGGCUGCUUCGAUGAGACGAUCUUGUAUCCGCGUUGGAGCUGACAGCACAUCGGAAUUUGUCACCGUGAUGCUUCAAGGUCAAGGGCAGCGUUAUCUUUCUAGACGGCCGAUCAUCGGAAGGCAAGCAGACAGCAGCACAGCUGCCCGGAUGUGAGUAAUGACAUGAUCGGACAGCUUUUCAAGCUCUGAGUGCUGACCGUAUAGCGCACCAUGCGCCGUGAUCCGUGCACACCGCAUGCAGUGGCCUAUUCGGUCAUCGAUCUUCGUCAGCUGCCUCAGACUUUUGGAAGCUUGUUGGAAGCUGCUCUUCAUCAAUAG